UGAUCUACUUCUCCCUCUUUUUCUCUCAAGGAACACGCAUCUCCGAGUUCGGUCUUCCUUGGUGGUUCUCUGGGACGGUUACAAACACUCACACAUACUCACAAACACACACACACACUUUUCAGAGAGACGCACGAUCUUCGAGGAUGACGAUCUUACUCCCUCGUCGACCACCGUCGGCCACAGUGGUGGAAGGCACAGCAGUGGAAGACACGGCAAUGGUCUCGAUCAUACCUUCGAUGCCACCACCACCCUCAUCAUCACAGUCUGUACCUGGACUUGGACCUCUGCCGGGAGAGGCAUCGUCAAACUCCAUCCCAGGUGAAUUCCAACCGAGAAGCCAUUUCACCGGCCGAGAAGUCCUCUUCGUUGUCCCGCGCAGACCCGGGAUCCGCGGGCCCGUCUCGUUCGUCUGCGAUAAGGGCGUCAUGGCGUGGUGCUCGUCCAUCUUCGACGCCGAGAUCACGCGGGCUUGCCAACGUCGUGAUGAAGCGGUCGUCGUCGCCAGAGGGCGAUUGUCCGGGAGAUUCCCACGGGUCGUGCUCGGUCGUGUGGAUGAUCCAGGGCUCUUCGCACUGUUUCACAGGUUCAUCCACACGGGCUCUUUCUCGGGAAUGUUGUCGUCAUCAAAAGCUUUGAGGAUGAAGCAAAACAAGGGGCAAGGGGAGAUAACAAUACCUAGAUGCAAAGGCAGCAGCAUCUAUGGGAGACAAUCCCAGAAAGAUACCCUCUCAUCGCUCCCCUCGGAGUCCACAAAUGAGAAGCAGAAGACCCUCACCCCAACAACCAAUCUCCAUCCCCCCACGAACCCGACGACGACGACGACGACCGCUCCCACCACCAACCCGGCAUCAUCACCAUCACCAUCCACAGACCAGAACCCCCUCUCCUACACCACGAUCUUCACCCUCUGGAUCUUCGCCGACCACCACGACAUCCCCAUGCUCCAAAACCGCCUCAUGGACCAGCUCCUCGCCCAGAUCUGCACGAGCCACACGCUCCCCACCGCGGAGGAAAUGACCCCAGUCUUCCUCCAGGGUUUCCCGGGGAUCUCCCUCCUCGGGGAAUUCCUCUGCGCGCUCGCGAUCGAGCUCGCCCAUCGUCAUCAUCAUCUCCAUCGCCAUCGCUCCCGGGAAGAAGUCCGGCGGCCCGGAGGCGACCGCGACAAGCUCACUGCUGCUGCUGCUGCUGAAAUGGAGGAAGACGCGUCAUCCUGCGCCCUCGCCCGAUUAGAUGACGUCCUCUACGGCAGCCGCGGGAUCCCCUGCUCGGGGGCCGCAAUCGAUCCGAUCGAGGACUCCAUCGCGGGGAUCUUCCGCCGGGCCGAACAUCUCCUCCUCCUCCAACUCCCCCUCCCCCAUGAUGCGCACGCAGCAACAGCGGAUGAGGAGGAGAAGUUGCGUCCACGGGGAGACCACUUAGCGGCAGCCCUCCGCGGCGGAGAGCAAUUCCACUUGCCGAGUGGAGAAUUCUUACGGCGGGCGAGGCGGUGCGAAUGGCACGUCCACGCCGAGGGGGUCUCGUGCCGUGCGUCGCGCUGAGCGGGAACGGUCGCUCUUUUAUUUUCCUUUCUUUUCCGUUUCGGACCGGAGACGAGAUGUGGAGAUGGGAGGGAUGGAUGAAGUGAAGGGAUGGGGCCUUUUUCUUUUUUUUUCUCCCCGGAGCCGAAAUGUGUGUGCUGUUGAAGGAGCGUGGCUGCUUUCGAAUGCUUUUGUGGUUCUACUUCAGGAUGGGGAGAACCCGAGACGGGUGGCAACGCAGAGAUUAAUCUCUCUCUCUCUCCCCCCCUUUUGUUCCGUUCUCGAAAUUGUACAAGGCCCGUACGCAAUGCAAUGCGU